CCGGUGAGUGUUACGUGACGGAUCUGGCGAAGUGACGCAACUGUCUUCUCUUGCAAGGUGUUUUUAUACACAUCUGGCUCCUCUAAGUGGUCUCCUGCCACAUUCUCUGAUGCUGUCCAGUGUCCUCCGCUGUGCUCGGCCCGUCUCCACCAGUCUUGCCUUUACCCGGCCUCUGGCCCACUUCAGACCGCACAUGGACCCAGAUCCCAGCCGGCCCGUUGAGAGGACUAUCAGAACCAAACUGACCGACUCCUUUAAGCCGGACCACUUAGAGGUGCACAAUGAAAGCCAUAUGCACGCCGUACCCCCCGGUUCUGAAUCCCAUUUCCGUGUCCUGGUUGUAAGCUCCAAGUUUGAGGGUGUGUCGUUGAUACAGCGCCACCGUCUGGUUAAUGAGGCUUUGAAGGAGGAGUUGAGCAAUUGUGUUCAUGCGCUGGCUAUCCAAGCAAAGACUCCUGAGCAGUGGGGGAGUAACCCCAGCCUGGCUAAGAGUCCGCCCUGCCUGGGAGGCUCGAGGGGAGAUCACACGAUGGAGGAGAAACUGAAGGCAGGGCGAGAGUGAAGUGUUGGACUAUGAAACAGUUUUACACUUGCUGUCGGACUGAACUGUGAAAAAUGCAGGUGGAUGUUUUAGAAGAGGUAUAAAGAUGAGUGUUUCCUCUUUACACAGUGAUAUUUGGAGGUAUUUUAAUUUUGAUUAUACAUUAAUGGCUCUUAGUAUUCUGUGCAGAAUAAAUAAUAAUACAAAUAAUACAAACAUGUGUUUCUAUGGUUGCUCUCUCACAAUAAAACAUAAUUGUAAACAUAAAUCAACAGUGGGUUUUAGAGUUAAUUCAGCUAAAUCAAAAAUCUCCUAUUAUACUAGUGGUUGCUGAUAUUUUGCUCUGAUGCGACACACCUAUUAAACAACUCCAUUAUUGUGCUUCUGCUCAUAGUUCCCAGUUUCUGUCUGAAAUGCUGAGUUUACGUUCAGAAAAGACUGUUGUCUAAUCUCCAACAGCACUGUGUAUAGAGGUGUUUGUGCGUUAAUAUGUUUAUUCAGUGAUGACUGAAAGUGGCAGUGUCACAGGCCAGAUGUUAAAAUGGACG